AUGGCGCCGCGCGUGACAAUCGAGGAAAAGCGCAAGCGCAUGCUGGAGAUCUUCCACGAGUCCAGCCAAGUAUACACCCUCAAGGAGCUAGAAAAAAUCGGCCCCAAGCAAAAGGGCAUCGUCUCUCAAACCGUCAAGGACGUUGUGCAAGCACUGGUCGACGACAAUCUUUGCCAUUGCGAGAAAAUCGGCAGCGCCAACUACUACUGGUCCUUCCCCAGCGAAUCAGCCAUCCAUCGCAAGACCCGCAAGGAAAAGCUCCAGAAGGAAAUACACACUUUGGAACAUAAGCAGGCAGAGCUGCGGGCGGCAGUGGAGCAGGCGCAGUUGGGCAGGGAGCAGACGGAAGAGAGAAAGGGGCUGGUGGAGGAGCUAGGGGAGGUGGAGGCUGUGUGGGCAAAACAGCGCGAGGAGAUGAAGGUAUUUGGCGAAUGUGAUCCUGUGGUGAUGGCUGAGCGGAAGCGGGCGGCGGUGGUGGCUAAGGACGCGGCGAAUCGGUGGACGGAUAAUGUCUUUAUUAUGCAGUCUUGGGUGCGCGAUAAGUUUAAUAUGGACGUGGCUGAUUUUAACAAGCACUUUGGCGUGCCAGCUGAUUUGGACAAUUUGUAA